AUGGAUUUAUUCAAACGGGACGAUGGCGACAUUUACCUCUCCCCUCGCGGCGUACAGGGCUUGACUUGCAGUGUUGUCUUCACAGCACUGGCAACAAUCUUUGUAAGUCUGCGUCUGUACACACGCGUCAAGAUCAUGAGGAAGAUGGAGUCGAAUGACUGGAUGGUUGUCAUCGCACUAGUCAACUCGUAUAUUUUCAUGGCCCUGGAUAUGGUUGAGGCUACCAGUGGAAUGGGAAUGCAUCUCAAAGACAUCCCACCAGCGAUCCUCGAAAGACAGAUGAAGGCCUUCUGGCUCACAAUCCCCUUCUACAAUGCCGCCGUCCUGUGCGCAAAGGCAUCCAUCCUCAUGCAAUACUUUCGUGUCUUCCCUACACAACGCAUGCGACUCGUCUGUUGGAUUAUGAUCACAAUCCUCGCGAUAUACGGUACAUGGGCAGUACUCAGCGCAUUCUUGAACUGCAUCCCCGUCGCUAAAUUCUGGGACGACUCGAUUCCCGGAUUCUGUCUAAGUAAACCUGGACUCUGGUUCUCAAAUGCCAGUAUGCAUAUUACCACCGACCUAGUGAUCCUCGUUAUCCCCAUUCCGGCUUUAAUCGCCAUCGAGAUACCCCGCAGGCAGAAAGUGGCACUGAUGAUCCUGUUUGCAUUGGGUGGAUUCGUUUGUGUAACCAGUAUUGUCCGCCUGGUCAGUCUGAAGACGAUUUCCGACUCGACAGAUCCAACAUGGGAUAAUGUGGGUGCCGCGUCGUGGUCCGCCAUAGAGUGCAAUACGGGCAUCAUUUGUGCUUGUCUCCCCACUCUCAAACCACUUAUUUCCAAGCUAGUACCCGGUCUUUUGUCUACACUGAAUGGAAGUCGCCGACAAGGGAGUGGAAUUGCGUCUAUGACUCGGCGAACUACAACAUGGAAUGAUGAGUCUACACUUGGUGCACCAUCUGAAGACCCUGAGUUUGGAGCUGGAGAUCCUGAGCGGAUCCUGGAGCUUGUUCCUAGUGGUGCUGCCAAAUAUGGAAGACGUUGGUCUAAAGAUGACAAGUUUAAGAGGCUGGGUGUACCUGAUAUCUCGGAGAUUACUGGUCUUUGGGACCCGGAGUACACUGGUCAUCAUCAGCAUACCGUCUCUGAGACGUCUGUCUAUUCGCGGAAUUGA